AUGGCACUCAAGGCCUUGUUGGUGGUCGCCGCUUCUGCUCCCAACAUGGCACAGACCCUCUUCUUCUCCGAGUACGCCGAGGGCUCCUCGCACAACAAGUUCCUCGAAAUCUUCAAUCCGACCAAUGUGCAGGUCUCCCUCGACGGCUACGCGUACCCGAGCGUCGCCAACGCACCCGCCACCGAAGGAGUGCACGAGUUUUGGAACGCGUUUGACAGCGGCGCGUCGGUGCCGGCGGGCGGCGUGUACGUCAUCUGCCACGGCUCGGCGGACGACUCGAUCAAGGCGCUUUGCGAUGAGGAGCACACUUACCUCUCAAACGGUAACGAUGGCUACUGCCUCGUGCAGGGCACCGAGUCGAAUUACACGUUCAUCGACUGCGUCGGCGAUUUCUACGGCGACCCAGGCUCCGGUUGGGACGUCUGCGGUGUGAGCGCGGCGACGAAGGACAACACUCUCGUGCGCAAGUCCACUGUCACCACCGGUAACGGCGGCGACUGGACGGCGUCAGCGGGCACGAAUGAGGUCGACUGCGAGUGGCUAGUCGAGCCAAAAGACACGUGGAACUUCCUCGGCUCGCACGCGAUGGGAGUGGCAUCGCCCUUGCCGCCCUUGCCGCCAUCACUGCCUCCAUCCAUGCCUCCGCCAUCCACGCCUCCGCCCGUGGCGAUGCCGACCACACUGUUCGCAAUCAACACCAACCACAGCGGCUCGGAUGGGGCGUGCUAUCACUCAGCACGCGAGGGCGAGUUUGUGCGCGUUGAGGGCUACGUAACGGGCGUGUCUUACGAUGGCUUCUACAUGCAGGACGAGGUGGCCGCUGCGCUCUACGCAGGCGUCUGGGUGUACACGGGUUCGGGCUCGUCCUACCUCACCAACCUCACCGCGGGCGACAAGGUCGGCGUGGAGGCGCUCGUGAACGAGUACUACUCGCUGACCGAGUUACUCGUUGCCGACACGCCCGCGGCACUCGUUGAGCUCCUCUCGACGGGCCACACGCCCUUGCCGCUCGCGACGACGACCGGCGCGAUCGGCGAGGGGUGCACCGAGAGCGGCGAGGCUCACGAGGGCCUCCUCGUCACCGUCUCGGGCGGCGUGCAGCUCCUCUCCGAGGCCAACAACUAUGGCGAGAUCACAAUCGACGACGGCUCAGGGCCCACGCAGCUCGAAGACAGCAUGCUGAGGACGGAAGCGCACCUGCAAUCAAUCCUCGGCGCCACGUCGCUCACCGGACAGAGCGUCUCCAGCGUGACGGGCGUGAUCAAGUACGCGUUCUCGAGCUUCGAGAUCCACCCGCGCGACGAGAGCGACAUCGUCCUCGUGUCGCCACCACCACCGCUGCCACCGCCGCCGCCGACGCCGCCACUUGCGCCGCUGCCGCCCGGCGGCGAGUACACGCCCGCAGUCGUCUUCACGACCACGCUCGACGGCGACAUGACCACCUUUGACAGCGCGGCGUACGCGGCCAAUCUCGCCGAGCUCGUCGGCGUGUCUCCCGACUCAAUCACCCUUGAGAUCUCGAGCGUCCGCCGUGCACGCGCGCUCGCGGCGUUCACCGUGACGGCAACGGUGAUCACGGCUAGCACUGCGAUCGCCGACACGAUUCAGAUCACACUCGCGGCACUCAGCCCGGAAGAGGCGUCCACGGCCCUCGGCGUCACCGUGACGGCGGUGGAGGAGCCGGUCGUCUCGAGCGUCGUCGUCAUCGCGUCGCCGCCGCCGCCGACCGAGCCUGAAAGGACACAGGAGGACGCAGGAAAAGAGCUGACAGACGACGACGACAACAACGUUGACGAGGGCGGGCUUAACGGCGGGACCAUCGCGGCCAUCGUCGUCGCGUGCGUGCUUGCGCUGGUCAUCGGCAUUGCCAUUGGCGCCAUGAUCUUCAAGCGGCGCAAGGGCAAGAAGGCCUCGCUGGGCACGGCGGUGCCUGUCGAGAUGGUCGUGCACGAGUAG